UGGAGUGUCUUCGGGAAUCCUAUCUGUGGGGUAGAAUUUAAUUGAUCAAUAAAGAUAAAAAGAUUAGAGGCGUAGAACACAAAAAAACGCUAUCUUGUUCCUACUUUCUGAUUGGUCGGUUAUAGCCGCCAUAUCAGACUCGUAUCCCACGUUGUAGAGUUGUUAUCAAAUGUGAUUGUGUUGAUUAAAGUCUAAAUAAAUACAUAUUAUUAUUUCUUGUGAUCACGGUAAUCAGAAAUAUUUUUUCUGUGUCGUUAAAUUAACUGCAAGGGACUUCACUGACAUUAUGGUGAGACACUGUGCAGUUAGCGGCUGUAAUGUAAAGGAAAAGCAAGGCCUUAUGAUGUUCCGAUUUCCGAAAGAACCAGAAAGGCGUGCGAAGUGGAUUUCAUUAGUAAACCGGUCAAAUUGGCAACCCCAUGCAAAUAGCACACUUUGCGAAAUCCAUUUUGGCAAAGACCAGUGGGAGCAGAGGAGGAUCGAUGGUUUAAGAAAGUUACAAUGCUCGGCUAUUCCAUCGUUACUAUGUUCAAGAGAAAAUAGUUCGCCUGCCUCUUACAUUCCUUCUCUUGAUGAACAUAACUACUGUCGCCUGUCCAGUGCUCCAGCAGCCACCUUUCAUCCUCUGAUACUUCUCCAACGAAGCCUCUUGAAGGAUGUCUCUAACACAAAUUUGAAUAAUACUCCUAUCCAUCCAGCAACUUUUGUCACCUCUGUCAAUUUACCCAAGAAAAUAUCUGCAUCGGAGAUACAGUCGUCAGCAUCCUCACCAGUUACAGAUACUAUGGAAGAAGAAUCUGUGGAAGCUUUGAAGGAACGAUUAGAGUUAAAAGAAAAAGAAAUAGCCGCACUCCAGACAAAAUAUGUUUCCAUACAGAAGAAGGCAGGUAGAAUUUUUACAAGUUAUUGCAAUAUGAAGAGGCAACGUGAAAGAAUGAAAACAGAGCUUAAAAGACUUCAAGAUUUCCAUCGUCACAGCCAUGGAUUAUUGGCCGUCAGGUUGCGUCAAGAUCAAUUGAAGGCUCUAUGUUCAAAGACUACAAGAGGAAGAAAAUGGAGCAUUCCCACCAUUACUGACGCACUAGUUUACAAGAUGAAAUUGGGAACGCAAACCUACUCGGAAUUUGUUAGAAAGUUUCCAAUUUUCCCUUCAGUCAGGACACUUCAAAAGGCAGCUGAACAUUUAUAGUAGUUGUCAGAAACAAACUUUUUAUUUAAUUAUAUAGUGUACGUGACAUAAACUAUAAUUUUGGAUGCAUCCAGGUGGGGAAUCCAAACACAGCCCAUGAUGUAAGAAAAUAAUAAUAUAAUGGCACUAUCAACGUGCGGGCUUAAGAUGGCGGCAAGGUAGAGUUCGCGUUUCUCUGUAUUUUAGGCCUCUACUUUCAACGUAAUGUAUCGUGUUUAGGAUUCCUAUAAAUAAAUCUUAUAUUUUUCGUUAUAUGGAAUGCCAAAGAUUUGAAAAAACAGAUAAAUGCUUACAUAUAUUAAAAUUAUAAACAAAAUAUUUUAUUAAUAAAAUUUGUGUUG